CUUUGGUUGGGAUUUUUGGGUUUUAUGCGUGAAAGCAAUUAUAAAGUUAUGUGGCUUCAUCUUUCGGCUAUAAAACUGAGUUUCAUCAACGUCAAGAUAUUUAGUCCAUUCCCAGACCUUGGAAUACACGCAUCGCAUAUCAUCAUGAAGUUUAAGUUGGCCUUCCUUUUUGUGGUUUUGAUGGCAGUUGUCGUUACAUCAAAUCCACAUCCCAGACAGAAUCACUCUAAAAGCAAAAAGGUUUCUGCCUUAACGAAGUCGCGUUCGGCUGAUCAUCAUCAUCAUGGCCCAGAAUCACAUAAUGGAAAACCAUCAGCGAAACGGCUAACUCGUAGUCAUGGUUCUGGCUACCAUACCCCAGUUCAUCAUCCCCAUCAGACCAAAGUCACUCAGCAUUUGAAAAAGUUUUCUGGUAAACGCACUGCUCGUAAUAUCCACAGCCACGGUGCUGGAAGCCAUGGACACGAACACGGACAUGGACAUAGUGACAACAAGGCUUCCUUCGUUCGUCCUGUGAAAAAGAAUCGAGGUCAUCGUAAAUAGUUUUUGUAAAACAAACUUUUUUUAUUUUGUGUGUGUGUGUUUUUAUUUUUAUCAUAAAACAACUUCUUUGAAUAAACGAACACGUAGAAGUUUUUUACCACCUUA